GGCAGUACAGCGUCCCCGGGGUGUUCUGUCAGGCGGGGGCACAAUGCAGGGUCCCGCAGGGGUUUGCAGGGCAGGACAGGGGGUCCCCCCAGACCACUCUUGGGGCAGCACCUGGGGGUCGGCCCAGCUGUGCCCAGCCUGGCUCGAGCUCAGCCGAGGGGCCGGGGCAGUGCCAGGGGUGGCCCCGGGGGCGAAGGGUUUGGGGGAGCUGCCACGGCCCCCCUCAGCCCCCCUCCUGCCCUCCAGCCGGCCCCGUCUGCGGGGGCGCGGAGGCCACGUGUCCCCGCUCCGUGUCCGUGCGUCCGCCCGCGUGUCCCCGCGGCGCCGGGUCGGCCCCUUUGUGGCAGCCCUCGGCGCGGAUUGUUCUGGCUCUUUGCAGGGCGUCAGCAGGGCCGGGGCCCCGCGUGCCCUGUGCUGAGCCAGGCCCUUCGGCACCAACCCCGCUGACUCACCCCGCACGCGGGGCCGGGCUGCUGAGCUGGCAGGGACGUGGGCGCCCGGCGCCCUGCGGGCAGGGACGGAGGGGGACCCCCCCACCCCAGCCCUCUCCUGCUGCCCCCCUGGGGACCAGCACAGCGGGGACGGCCCCAGCCCCCCGGCUCUCUUCACUGGUGUGUGGGCAGGGCUGGCCACGGGGGUGUCGUGUCCCCCCUCCUGGCUCUGUGGGCAGGCACCUUCCCCCCUCCACUCCCCCCAGCCUUUCAUCCCUGCCUUUCAUCUCUCACCCAGGGAUGCAGUGCUGGUCGUCGUGGCAACACCCCAAAGUGUCCCAGCUCAUUGCCAUGGCAGCCAGAGAUGCUCUGAGCCCAACCCCACGACCCCUGCAGACCCCCGGGGCCCUGCCCCAUCCUCAGCCCCCUCCUGCAUCCCUGGAGCGCCUUGUGCCAAGCAUGGGGCCCUCCCUCUCCACACCUGGGGGGUUGGCAGUGCCAGGGAGGGGGUGGCAGGGCUGGGGGGUGGGAGGUGCCCCCACCCCAAGCAUCCUCUGCGCUUGCCUCGGCCCUGCAGCUGCGCCAUGGCCAUCGGGGAGGUAAGGCCUUGUGAGCUGCACUGCCCCGGCCCCUUCCCCCUCAGCCCCCCACUUGCCCCCAGAGCCAUGGCCCCAGGGUCCCUCCAUGCCAGGGGGUGGGUGAACAGCCCCCAACUCAUAGGGAGCACCCCUAGUCUGUCUUCUCAGCACCCCAGCACAUAGCUCCAGCAUGAGGGUCCCUGUGUGACCCUCCCGGGGUGCCCCCCAGCCCUGUUGUGUUGCCUGCCCCCAACCCACCUCUGUGACAACAACCCCCAGUAGCCGUGGCACCCAUCUCUGUUGCCAUGGUGCCCCCAUUGCCAUGGUGCUUCUGUUGCCAUGGUGACCCUGUUGCCAAGGUGCCCCAUUGCCAAGACGCCCCCAUCACCGUGGUACCCAGUUUCUGAGGGGUCCCGUCACCAUGGCACCCCAUCGCUGAGGCAUUCUGUCACCAUGGCACCCCAUGGUCACCCUGUGCCCCCAGGAGCUGCGGAGCGGGCGCUUCUGGCGGGGAGUGCUGGCGGAAGCAUCAGCGACGCUCAUCUUCGUGGGGGUGGUGCUGGGUGCCUCGGCGACCCCCGGGCCCCUGGCACCAGCGCUGGCCGGGGGGCUGGUGGCCGGGGGGUUGGCCUGCACCCUCGGGGCACCCCAGGCCAACCCGGCGCUCACCCUGGCCCUGCUCUGUACCCGCAAGCUGGGCGCCCUGCGUGGGGCCGCCGGGCUCCUGGCCCAGUGUGCUGGGGCCGUGCUGGCCUCCGCCGCCGCCCGCCGGGUGCUGCCGGACGACGCCAGCCUCGUCACCAGGGUGAGCGUGGCGGGGACGGCGGGGCAGGCCUUGGCCUGGGAGACCUUUGCCACCUUCCAGCUGGCACUGGCUGCCUUUGCUGCUGCCAACGGGGCGGCCCCCCAGGGCGGGCUGGUCCUGGGCAGCGCUGUGGCCGCCGGCGCCCUGGCCGCGGGGCCGUUCUCGGGGGGCAGCAUGAACCCAGCACGCUCGCUGGGGCCAGCCAUCGUCACUGGCAUCUGGGACGACCACUGGGUAUACUGGCUGGGCCCGGUGCUGGGCGCAGUGCUGGCCGGGCUCGCCUACGAGUUUGUCUUCGCCCCCGGUGCCUCCCGGGAGAAGCUGGGUGCCUGCCUUGCCUGCCGGGAUGUGGCACUGGUGGAGACCACCAGCCCAUCCCGCUCAUCGCCUUCUGCCCGCGGUCCCCCGGUCCCCCUGGCCGAGCGGGGCCAGGACAUGGCCUGACCCCCC